AUGCACAUCCGUUUUCUGGAUGAUGACGAUGGCCAGGGGCCCGGUCCCUCGCCCGCAGCAGCUGUUCCACAUCCCGCCGCGCAUGCGGCCUUUGCCGGCACCCCCGGCUUCCAGUGCGUGUCCUCCAUCCGUGUGGACUUCAACAAGGACGCGACAUACGUGUUUGAUUUGUGCCACAAUGGGGCCGGCCUUGUGGCCGCCUCCCUGAGCAACACGCGGAUCAAGCUGUUCAAUUUCAGCGAGGGCGGCCUCACCUUUGCCGGGGACCUGGUGGGGCACGAGGGCAUGGUGCGGGAGCUGAGCUUCGCACUCCCCGACCAGCCGCACCUGCUGCACUCAUGCGCCGCCGACGGCACGGUGCGCGGCUGGGACGCACGCGUGGGGCAGCAGGUGGAGAGCUACGCGGCGCCUCGCGUGGAGCUGCUGUCGUGCAGCACCAACGGGGCGCUCAUGGCGGCAGGCGGCGGCGACAAGGUCCUGUUCUGGGACCGGCGCACGCAGCGCCCCGUGGCCUCCUUUGCCGACACGCACGCCCAGGACGUGACCCAGGUGGCUUUCCACCCCACCCACCGCUCCAUGCUGGUCAGCGCCAGCGAGGACGGCCUGAUCGCCGUGUUUGACACCGUGCCGCAGCUAGACGAGGACGAGGGCUUCAAGGCCGCCCUCAACAUCGACACCUCUGUGGCCCAGCUGGGCUUCUACGGGCGCCAGGGCGAGCGGCUGUGGGCACGCAGCGGCGUGGAGAGCCUGCACCUGUGGGAGUGGGCGGCCGCCUGCGACGACGAUGCUGCGGGCGGCAACGGCGCGCUGGCCGAGGCGCUGGACGCCCGGGAGCAGCUGGCGGCGGCGGCGGCGGGGUGUGCAGCGGGCCAGGCGCUGGCUCCCGGCCUGGACUACCUGGUGGGCUGCGAGUACAACGCAGCAGCAGACCAGCUGUGGCUGCUGGCGGGCAACAAUGCUGGCGCGGUAGGGUUGUUCCCUGUGGUGGAGCCGGCGGCCAGCAGCAGCGGCGGCGGCGGCGGCGGCGGUGGCGACGGCGGCGGAGAAGGAGAUGGCAUGCAGCAGGAUGGUGCGGCGCCGCCUCCGCCUGCGCAGCAGCAGCAGCAGCAGUCGCGGCGGCAGGUGCAGCUGUUUGGGCAGCCGCAGGCGGUGCUGGCGGGCGGGGCGCACAGCGAUGUGGUUCGCUCGGUGCUGUGGCCAGGCGCCGUGGGCGGCAUGUGUUUGUCUGGUGGGGAGGACUCCAAGCUGUGCGUCUGGAGCCUGGCCCAGCAGGCAGCGGGACAGCCGCCGCAGCAGCAGCAGCAGGGCCGCCCCGGGGGAGCCUCCAGCACCGGCAGCGGCAGGGAGCAGGGCGCCCGGCGCCCGGCGCUGGCCAGCAAGCCCGCGCUGAGACGGCGGCACCUGGUGACAAGGGCGGCGGCCGAGAAUGCGCCAGGGGGCGCCGAGGAAACAAACACAUUUGCUCUGGCCCCCUCCAAGCCCAAGUCCCCCACCGGCGAGAUGGCUGCGUAUUACCUCCAGAUGCAGCCCCACCUGUUCCAGGAGGCUGUGCAGACCGCAUUCCAGCGCAUCAAGGAGCAGCGGCAGGCCGACGAGGCGGCGGAGCGGGCGCAAGAGGAGGCCUCCCAGCAGGCCUCGGCGGCUGGGGACGCGGCCGCCUCAGCCUCCGGCGCCGCCGACCUGGUGCUGUACCGGCGCAUGGCUGAGGUGAAGCGGCUGGAGCAGAUGCUGGCGAUUGAGGACCUCAUGUACGUCUGCAUCCUGGAGAAGUUCCAGGAGAUUGGUGUGGACAUGCUGCCGAGGGUGGAGCCGGUUGAGGAAAGCACCGCCACGCUGCGUGCGCUGACGGAGGGCGUGCACAGCCGCGAGGCGAUCGACAUGGUGAAGGAGCAUGUGCUGGCGGUGCUGGGCCCCGCCUCCAUGGCAUUCUCCAACACCAUGAUCAAGAUGAGCAAGCUGCAGGCGGCGCAGGUCUACGCCGCCUCCAUCAUGUUUGGCUACUUCCUGCGCCGAGUGGACACCCGCUUCCAGCUGGCGCGCCAGCUGGGCGUGCUGCCCGCCAGCCGCGAGGACGCCGUGGCGCGCCUGGAGCGCCUGUUUGCGCAGGCGGAUGAGCUGGAGUCGUCGUCAGACCCCGACACCGCGCCGCCGCUGGAGCCGCCGGCAGAGGGCGAGCCGUCCACCUCCUACUCUAGCUCCGCCAGCGGGGCGUCGGCCGCAGGCGAGGAGCCCGGGUCGGGGCUGGUGCGGCGGCAGAAGAGCGCGCUGCGGCGGUAUGUGGAGAGCUUCGAUCAGGAGACGAUGCUGGAGACGGCGCGGCUGGUCACCAUUGAGUCCGCCACGCUGACUGAGCGGCAGACCCAGGCGCUGUUCGGCGACAUCAAGGCGCUGCAGCAGAGCAUGCAGGAGGCGGUGGGGCAGGAUGCGGGCAGCAUGGAGGAGAUCAUGCAGCGGGUGCAGGAGGCGGUGGCAGAGGGGCGGGUGGAGACGGUUGUCAUGACCGUGGGAACGCAGCGGCGGGCCGUGCUGGAGGCUAUCGCCUAUGGCUGCUUCCUGCGGGACGUGGAGAGCUGGGUGGACAGCGAGUACGAGCUGCUGACCCCGGUGGGCACGGCGGGCAGCAGCGGCGAGGCGUGA